GCAUUCCUCUGAGGGCCGUAGGCAGACGCCAUUUUGGCCCCAGAGGUGCUUCUGGGAAGUUGAGCGCGGGUCUUCACUUUGCCGGCCGGUGAGAUACGGCCCUGUUGAGGAGCCGGGGUUUCCUGGUCGAAGCGUCGGCGCCUUCCCCGGAGUCUCAGGCGAGGCGGAAGCGCGCCGCUGCGGAGAGCGGUCCCUCCGCCGGGAAGGACGUGACGGGGGCGGCGCGUGGCGUGGACACUCCCCGCCGAGAGCCCGCCUGCCAUGGACUCGGAGUACUACAGCGGUGACCAGUCAGAUGAUGGUGGUGCAACCCCAGUACAGGACGAGCGGGAUUCAGGGUCAGAUGGUGAGGAUGAUGUAAACGAGCAGCACUCCGGAUCCGACACUGGGAGUGUAGACCACCAUUCAGAGAAUGAAACUAGUGAUAGAGAAGACGGCUUGACCAAGAUACAUAAUGGAACAGACUCUGAGAAUGAUGAGCCCUCCAAUGUUAAUGCCAGUGACUCUGAAAGUGAGGAGCUUCACAGGCCGAAGGACAGUGACUCUGACUCUGAGGAGCAUGCAGAGUCUCCUGCCAGUGACUCUGAAAAUGAAGCUGUCAACCAACAUGGGAGCGACUCUGAAAAUGAAGAGCUUCUUAAUGGGCAUGCAAGUGACUCUGAAAAGGAAGAGGUUAGAAAGCAUGCAGACAGUGACUCUGAAACCGAGGACACUCUGCAGCCUCAGGUCAGCGAAUCUGACAGCGAAGAUCCCCCAAGGCCCCAGGCCAGUGACUCAGAAAAUGAGGAGCCUCCCAAACCUCGGAUAAGUGAUUCAGAGAGCGAGGAGCUCCCCAAACCCCGGAUCAGUGACUCAGAAAGUGAGGAUCCUCCAAGGCCCCAGGCCAGUGACUCAGAAAGUGAGGAGCUCCCCAAACCCCGAGUCAGUGACUCAGAAAGUGAGGAUCCCCCAAGGCCUCAGGCUAGUGACUCAGAAAGUGAGGAGCUCCCUAAACCCCGAGUCAGCGACUCGGAAAGCGAGGACCCUCAGAAAGGACCUGCUAGUGAUUCUGAAGCUGAGAAUGCCUCCACACACAGAGAGAAGCCAGAAUCAGAUGACAGUGAUGGGGAGAAUAAGAGGGAAGACUCUGAAGUGCAGAAUGAGUCAGAUGGCCAUGCAGACAGAAAAGGACUCCACAGCUCUGACAGCGAGGAGGAAGAACCCAAAAGGCAAAAAAUCGACAGUGAUGAUGAUGAAGAAAAGGAGGGGGAUGAGGAGAAAGUAGCAAAGCGGAAGGCUGCUGUGCUUUCUGAUAGUGAGGAUGACGACAAAGCAUCAGCAAAGAAGAGUCGCGUUGUCUCUGAUGCUGAUGACUCUGAUAGUGAUGUUGUAUCAGACAAGUCAGGCAAGAGAGAGAAGACAGUAGCAUCUGACAGCGAAGAUGAAGAAGUCGGGAAAGAAGAGUCUAAUGUAAAGAAGAAUGAAGAGAAGGAUCUGUUUGGCAGUGAUAGUGAAUCAGGCAAUGAGGAAGAAAAUCUUAUUGCAGAUAUAUUUGGAGAAUCUGGUGAUGAAGAGGAAGAGGAAUUUACGGGUUUUAACCAAGAAGAUUUGGAGGAAGAGAAAAACGAAACACAGCUAAAAGAAGCAGAGGAUUCUGAUUCCGAUGAUAACAUAAAGAGAGGAAAGCAUAUGGACUUUCUGUCAGAUUUUGAGAUGAUGUUACAACGAAAAAAAAGCAUGUGUGGCAAACGCAGACGAAAUCGAGAUGGGGGCACUUUUAUUAGUGACGCAGAUGAUGUCGUGAGCGCCAUGAUUGUCAAGAUGAAUGAAGCUGCUGAGGAAGACAGACAAUUGAAUAAUCAAAAAAAGCCAGCUCUGAAAAAAUUAACCUUAUUGCCUACUGUGGUUAUGCACCUUAAAAAGCAGGACCUUAAAGAAACAUUUAUUGACAGUGGUGUGAUGUCUGCCAUUAAAGAAUGGCUCUCACCUCUACCAGAUAGGAGUUUGCCUGCACUGAAGAUUCGGGAGGAAUUAUUAAAGAUUCUGCAAGAGCUACCUAGUGUGAGCCAAGAGACCCUGAAACAUAGUGGGAUUGGCCGAGCAGUGAUGUAUCUGUAUAAACACCCUAAGGAAUCAAGGUCCAACAAGGAUAUGGCAGGGAAAUUAAUCAAUGAGUGGUCUCGGCCCAUAUUUGGUCUUACCUCAAACUAUAAAGGAAUGACAAGAGAAGAAAGGGAGCAGAGAGAUCUAGAACAAAUGCCACAGCGGCGAAGAAUGAGCAGCACUGGUGGUCAGACACCACGAAGAGACCUGGAGAAGGUACUAACAGGAGAGGAAAAGGCUCUUAGACCUGGAGAUCCCGGCUUCUGUGCCCGUGCGAGAGUCCCAAUGCCAUCAAACAAGGACUAUGUUGUCAGGCCCAAGUGGAAUGUAGAAAUGGAGUCAUCCAGGUUUCAGGCAACCUCCAAGAAAGGUAUCAGUCGACUGGAUAAACAGAUGAGAAAGUUCACAGAUAUCAGGAAAAAAAGCAGAUCUGCACAUGCAGUGAAAAUCAGCAUCGAGGGCAAUAAAAUGCCAUUGUGACCUUGCUUGGGACGUGUCCCCAUCUCUAAAAAAAAUGCACAGUGGACUAUCGAGAAAGAAGAUAAUUUUAAAUGUUUUAGUGUGUCUCUGGUUCCAUUUGUAUCAUCUGUUGUUGUAGGACUAACAUUUCUCUCAUUGUAUUUAAGACCAUUUGUCUGCUUUGUACAGAAGAGUGCUUACCACUCCCGCUUCUAUCAACUGUAUGGAAUAAAAUUUCAUUAUGGUUUUGGGGGGUUGUCUCAUCAUUGUCUUAGAGACUAUCUCUGUGAGAUCAAAAGCCAGUCCUUUUCAGUAUAUGAGUAUGAUAUGAGGAAUUUGUCUGGCCUUGGCUCCUGACAAGGAACAUCUCAAACCUUUAGAAUUCUUGAACUAUCUUUGUUAUACUCUUGAUUUGGCUCAUCAUCGGGCCCUAAGUUCACUCUAAGACUGAUGAACAGAAAUAUGCUUGACCUAGUCACAUUGCCUGUUUGAUUAAUCAGUUAUACCUUUGUAUUAAAGCCCCAUAAAGAAAAGAACUCUGGACAAGCCAGGUGCCUUGCACAUCUAUAAUCCCAACGUUUGGGAGACUGAUAUCGAUAUAAGAGGAUCAUGAGUUUGAGGCUAGCUUGGAUUACAUGGCAAGACUCUUAAAUGCUCUGGAUACUGCAACUAUGUUGAUGUGCCAGGAGAACAAAGUCACAGAAGCUCUGCACCACCCUCCAUACUACUACUGAAUCUUCAUUGACCUGGUUGGCUUAAUUUGUAUCUUUUCUAAUAAGACCAUUCAUAACUAUAACCUUUUAUUGAAGGACAUAGUGCUUUUCCAAGUUCUGUGAGUCAAUUCAGCAAUUUUUUUUCAUUCAGCAAAUUUUUAAACCAAGAAAUUCUUGGGAACUUGCCUAUUUAUAGCUACCCUGGAAUUUUCAUGGUCUAAAGAUAUCACUUGCAGCCCAUGUCUGAAGUUGGGACAGUCUUGUGGAAGAAAUCUGAUCCCUAGAACUGUCAAUUCUUACUAACACUGAGCAUUUGGUAUCAGAAUUGGGUUGUAUACCACUGUAUAUGCCUAUAAUCUCAGCACUUUGGAGGCGGAAGCAGGAAUAUUGCAAGGUCUCCCAACAGCCUGAGUUACUCAGAAAGACUGUUCAAAUAAAGAUGGUAUCUCAGUAGAGUUUGAAAUACAACAUGCAUACUUUUUAUUUCUCUUGUUAGAGAUGUUGUAUCUGUUUGUUUAAAUCUGGGGAGUUAAGCUGUGGAAAGAAAAGGUUAAGAAACAAGAAAAUACAGAUGUAAUUAAAAAUUACUCAGUUGCAUUUACCAGUUGGACAAAUAGAAAAGGGAGAAACUAUAGUUUCUUAUUUAGUUUUGAGAAUUCUUAAAAGUCAUAAGAGAUUUCUGUAGAUCAAGAAAGUUUUAUCAGUAACUCAUUAAUUACUUAAAUCCUCUUGUGGUACAAACUGGAGCCUUGAUUUUAAAAAUGGAGUAUUAUUGGCUACAAUGGCCUUUGGACAAUUGAAGGAAUGUGGACUUCGUGGACUUGAACACUCCAUAAGAACCUCUCAAGCCUGGUGUGGUGACACACACCUUUAGUCCCAGCACUUGGGAGGCAGAAGAAGGCUGACCUCUAAGUUUGUGGCAAGCCUCGUCUACAGAAUGAGUCCCAGGACAGCCAGGGCUACACAGAGAAACCCUGUCUUUAAAAGAGAGAGAAAGAGAGAGAGAGAGAAAAGAGCCUCUUAAAGCCCAUCAGUACAUUCAGCAUGCAAGAGCAAAAGGAGUAUGAAGCAGAAACCUUACAAAGCAACAGUUAAGUACUAGGUGGUGGCAAACUACCUCUGGCUUUGUUUAAUUUCAUUAACUAAAAACAAUAAAAGCAUCUCAUGAACU